CAUUUUCAUUCACUUUCGUCUUUUGGUACAUAACAAGCAUUCAAUGGUUCUUUCACAUAGCCUGAACAAAUAGCUCAACAAUCACCACUACCAAGUACAGAUCUACAAUAAUAACCUCGUAUAGCACAACCUUACCUUGUACAUACAGACACCUCCUAAUCCAUCAAGAUGUCUUCAUCUGAGGCCUCAACUCAACAGCAUGCUCCAUACGCGCCCACAGUGGCAGCCCUUGGAGGCUCGCCGACAACGGGCCUCGACGACCCGAUAACCUCCAUAUUUCUCGUCAUUUUCAUUACCCUCGCGGCAGUACACAUGACAAUAUUCCAAGUCAAUCGACGGAGGGGACAAAAGUUCGUAAUGUCAGGCAUGACCUUCGGAUUCUGCAUGGCACGAACAGUAACCUGCACAAUGCGAUUAGUCUGGAGUACACACAUCAAAAGCGUCCCAAUCGCAAUCGCUGCCCAGGUCUUCGUGUCCGCGGGCGUCAUUCUCCUCUUCGUCAUCAACCUGAUCUUCGCGCAACGGAUUGUCCGCGCCUCACAUCCAAACUGGGGUUGGGCGAAAUGGUUCUCAGUUGCAUUCAAGAUUUACUAUACUUCGAUUGUGGUAAUGCUUAUCGCACUCAUAACGAGUAUGGUCCAAAGUUUCUACACGCUGUCGCAUAACACGAGACGGAUUGAUCGCGAUGUACAACUUGUUGGGUCGACGUACUUUGCGGUUGCUGCAUUCAUGCCCAUCCCUCUCGUCUUGCUUCGAGUCGUCCUUCCCAAGAAGGUGGAGCACGUCGAUAAAUUCGGAGAGGGACGCUUCAGGACCAAGAUUCGCGUUCUUCUCUUCUCGUCUCUCAUUCUGACUUUGGGUGCUGCGUUCCGUGCCGGAAUUGCCUACGUUCCUCGACCACGAGCGGAUCCUGCUUGGUACCACUCCAAAGCUUGCUUCUACAUCUUAAAUUUUACUAUUGAGGUCAUUGUGGUGGCUUUGUAUGCAGCAAUCAGGGUGGACAAGAGAUUCCACAUCUCAGAUGGCGUCCACGGCCCAGGCGCAUAUUCUGCUGGCCAAAACGCUGAGCCGAAGAAACCGACCAUUCUUGAUCAGGUGAAUAGCGAGGAGGAAGUGUUUGAUAAUGAAUCGGAGGAGGGGAAGAAUGUCGAGAAGAGUGGGGAUCUUGAGAUGGGAAUGACUCAUAUUACUGCAUCAACGUGAGUGAACUGCGUAGAUUUUCAGCGAUUUGAUUUUGGAGCAUUAGAGCGAUGACGGGAACACCACUCGGCAUAGACUGUACAUACUAUAUAAUACCCACAUAUGCAACUUUCAUAUCUUU